GUACAACAUCAGAACUGUCACGGGAUUUGUCUCGGUGUAAUGUCAGCUCAUAUCAGAAAAUCAAUGCCUGAUCUGCUUUGUUAAAUUCUACACAGUGGAGAGCCAGAUUACAUAAUGAUGUUCACUGCUUUUAAGGGUUUUGUUUGGUCUUUGUUGGCUGUCAUCACUUUAAACUUAAGUUUAGUAUCCAGCACUGCAGCUGAUUCAGGAACAGUAGUGAGUGCAGUGUUAGAUUGUAAGCUUUAUAAUGACCUGUACAUCUGCACUGGCGCUCAGCACCGCAUGCACUGCAACACUACAGAACAUCAUUUCUCCUACCACAGAAACCAACACCAGUACCAGUGCUUGAGUAAUGACUGUGUCUGUGUUGGUAAUAACGACACCUGUGUGUGUUAUUCUAAUACAUCAUCCUGCUUCUGUGAGACGUUCGACAAUACCACUCUCACUACAGCAGUCAGUCCAGUCUCUGAGUGUGUGCACUAUAAUGACCUGUACGUCUGCACUGGUGCUCACUAUCACAUGUACUGCAACACAAGUGUACAUGAUUUCCAUUAUGAUAGAUCCCAUUACCACUGUUUGAAUAACUACUGUGACUGUUUUGGUAAUACAGACACCUGUACAUGCUAUAACAGCACUCGGUCCUCCUGCUUUUGUGAAAUGAAUAAUGUUAGUAUCUCCGUCCCUGCAGCACUCAGUCCUGUUUAUGAGUGUGUGCUUUAUAAUGACACAUACAUCUGCAAUGGUGCUCAGUACCGCAUGUUCUGCAAUACAAGACUGCAUAAUUUCUAUUACCAGAAAGGUCAAUCACAGUGCAUGGGUCAUGAUUGUUACUGUUUUGCUGAUAAGCACACCUGUACAUGCUAUGAGAGCAGUUUGUCCUCCUGCUUCUGUGCAAAUCGCAACACCACAAUCCCUACAAAAGUCAAUGCACUGUCUGGCACUCAAUGCAGGCUUUAUAAUGAUAAACUCUUCUGCACCGGUGCUCAGUACCGCAUGCACUGCAACACAACAACACAUGAUAUCACCUAUCAGAGAUAUCAGAACCAGGACCAAUACCAGUGCAAUAGUAAUGACUGUAACUGCAUUGUUAAUAAGAACACCUGUACAUGCUACAGCAGCACUUGGUCCUCCUGUUUCUGUGAGACGUAUGGAAAAAGCAUCGCUCUCACUACUGAAAUCAGUCCAGUCUAUAACUGUAUGCUUUAUAAAGACACCUACAUGUGCACUGGUGCUCACUAUCACAUGUACUGCAACACAAGUGUCCAUGAUUUCCAUUAUAGUAGAUACCAUCACCACUGUUUGAAUAACAACUGUAACUGUUUUGGCGAUAUGAACACCUGUACAUGCUAUAGUGGCACUCAGUCCUGCUUUUGUGAGAUGAAUAAUGUUAACAUCUCUAUCCUGGCAGGAGUCAGUCCAGUGUAUGACUGUGUGCUUUAUAAUGACACCUACGUCUGCAGUGGUGCUCAGUACCGCAUGUUCUGCAACACAAGCAUACAUGGUUUCUUUUACCAGAGAUAUCAUCAAGACCAAUUGCAGUACUGCAGCGGUAACAACUGUUUCUGUACUAGUAAUAAGGACACCUGUACAUGCUUUAGUAGCACUUGGUCCUCAUGCUUCUGUGAGACAUAUGGAAAUAUUGCUGCUCUCACUACUGCAGUCUGCCCAGUCUAUGACUGUGUGCUUUAUAAAGACCUUUACAUCUGCACUGGUGCUCACUAUCACAUGUACUGCAACACAAGUGUCCAUAACUUCCAUUAUUUUAGAGACCAUUACCACUGUUUGAAUAACAACUGUAACUGUAUUGGUAAUAAGGACAACUGUACAUGCUCCUCUAGCGUGUCAUCCUCCUGCUACUGUACAGAUCACAGCAAAAACAUCUCCAUCCCUGCUGGAGUCAGUCCAGUCUCUGACUGUAAGCUUUAUAACGACACAUACGUCUGCACUGGCGCUCAGUACCGCAUGUUCUGCAACACAAGCGCAUAUGAUUUCAAGAAGUAUAUCAAUCAAAACCUAAACGAACACACGUGUACAGGUGAUAACUGUUAUUGCACUGGUAAUGGUGACACCUGUACAUGCUAUAGAAGCACUCUGUCCUCCUGCUUCUGUGAGACGUACAACAGUGGCACUGCUUUAAAUAGUGCGCUCAGCCCAGUCUCUGACUGUAUGCUUUAUAACAACUCUCUGACCUGCACUACCACAGAUCAAUGCAGGUGUCAGACCUCUGGAGGAUGUCAUAAAAAUCUACUUGAGCAGAUUGAUGACAAUACAGAGCUCCCACUCACUACGGUGACCGACAUUUUGACUGCGGUGUUCAACGCUACAGAGAAGGUUUUAGAUUCGCCAUCAUCAGCCGACCCAACUGAACUGGCCUCAUAUGGAAACACUGUGUUAAAAACCAGCGAGAAACUCAUUUCUACCCUGGUGAAGCCGACAGACAAAAGUGCCAGUGUCAGUUUUACUCUUAAUGCAGUAGAUGUACAAAUCUUCAUGGUUGGGCCAUCGGUCACAUUAGAUGAAACACCUCGACUGAACACAACAGAUUCUUCUAUGGAUAUCGAUCUCAUUGGCAUCGCUAACAACAACAAUGGAUCAGCUGCAGUGGCUUUUAUGAGCUACACCACAAUGGAGAAUCUCCUGAAGCCUGACUUCUUCAACCCACAAAAUAACAUGAUGAAAACCAUGAUGUCCACUGUGAUCUCAGCUACUCUUCCCAAAACCACCGACACUGCACUCACCAAACCAGUCAAUCUCACGUUCAGACACAUAAGAGAGUUUGACCCCAGAGGUUCUCUGUCCUGUGUGUACUGGAAUAUCAGCGAGUGGAUUGUAGAUGGUUGUUCUGUGGUAAACACCAACGGCAUCCAAACUGUGUGUUCCUGUGUUCAUCUGUCCACAUUUGCUCUCGUGCAAACCAGGAGGCCUUCACCAGAAAUCAACUCAAUGGUUGUGACAUUUGUGAUCAUUGGAGUGCUGUCCUCCAUUUUGAUCUUAACAAUCUUCGGUCUGUGUUGUUGCCGUCCUCUGCGAGAUCGCAUAUGUGGUCACUCUAUCUGUAUCAGGAUGAUUCCUAAAGGCUACAGCAGAGAAGAGUUGAGCAGCACUACACAAAGUGCUUCAGAUGUCUUUACUCUCAACUCCAACCCAACAGAGGCAUCUACUACAAUAAAAUAAUAAACCCAUGAAGCAAAAUGACAACUGAAUAAAGCGGGUUAAAAUUAUAUUCCUUAAAAAAAUUAUGUCUGCUGGUAAUAAAAUAAAUAUUAUUCAAUAAUAUUCAUUCUGUAAAUUAUAUUAUAUAGAAGAGUAUUAAACAGGUUUCUCAAUAUUACAUCCAUCAAUAAUAUUGAUGUACAUUAACUUUUGGAUGGAGGGCAAAAAUAAGUAUAUACGCCAACUAGAAUUAAAAGAAAAAAAUUAUUAUAGAAUAAAGGCUAGGUAAAAAGGUAAAAGCAUCAGCUCAAAUAGUUAAUAAAACUGCUAAACUACUAUUUCAUUUAACUGUCGCUGAUUAAACUUAAAAAAAAAAACUGUUAUAUCUUGUUUAUUAGAUGCUUAUUCUUGCAUCUAUUGCGAGUGUCUUAUAUCUUAUUGCUUUAUAGCUAUUAUAAACAUAUGUUGAAAAAGCCUACAUUUUCAGAAUCAACAUUUUCAAAGCAUUGUAAAAGUUCAUGUGUGCAUGGUAAAGAAAAAAAAAAUGAAUGUGUGUAAUCAUAGUGGUUUAUUAUUGUUAUUAAUGUAUAUAUCUUAUUUCUCUUUGUUGAGUUUGGACUGCUGGCUUUUUUUGCUGUAAGAUCCCAAUUUACCGUAUAAUACUUUAUAUAGAUACUCACAUCCCUCAUGCUGGAUAUAAUUGUAUUUUAUUGAGGUAGAGUUGUAGGUUAUUGGUGUAGUGGUGUUCAUUUAAAUCUAUAGUCUUAUUCUUGUUAUAAUGUUAAAUUCAUUUGUAUUUUUAUUAAGGUCACAUUUCAGUUUUUCUGAAUUUUUUCAUUUAUUUUUGUACCAAAAUAUCUUAAUAAACAAAAUAAAUACUUAAUAAAAACGAUUAAAACAGAGAUUCACAACAUGAAAAAGCCCUGUUUGUUGUGUUUUGCUUUGUUUCCCAUUGUUCCGGUUCACCCCAGUGCCAUUGAACCACAGGCAAUGUGUCAGAACAUAGGAUUAACUCCAAUAAAAAUGAACAGCACCACAUGAAAAAUAAAUCAGGUGUGGGCUAAAUUCGAAUCCAAAUAAAGGAAGUCUUUGGUCCAGGUAUGGUUGUACAGGUUAAGGCAAUGGCAGAGCAGAGGGUCGAUUCUCCAGCAGGGCAGGCCAAAUCCAGGAUGGCACCAGAAAACUGAACAGACAACACAGGUGUAAAACAAGCAACAGACUGACAAGAAAGGAACCCAACACUCUGGGAAGAAGAGAAACAAAAGACACUCAGAUAUAGGACCAGCAAUCAGCAGGAAUAAAAAGCAGGUGGCAGGAAACGAGUGAAGCACUUUUCUCUCCAUAGACUUCCAUUCAUACGCAUGCAAAUGCGUCAGACCGGGAACGCAAGCUCGUCCGACAAGUUUCACAGUUCACUGCAUUAAAAAGUUCAAGCUUGGUGAACUCUUACCCGUGACAUUGCAUCACAUGAUUGCAUUAGACCAAUCGAAGAUCAAAACAUGACCUUUCUGGACAGGAAUUUUUUAAACAUGGAGCAAUCGUUUUUGUUUGUUUUUUCUUUAUGUCUAAUCAUUUUGUUUAAUCCCGCCCCUUAAUCCAGUGACUGUCUCCACCCCAUUAUUACCUUGUUAGCCCUUAAGUAUAUAAACCUCUCUGUUUCUCA